GGCAAGACGCCCUCACCCCCUUUCGCCCUCUGCUUUAAUGUCGCAUGCACUCGGCGGGGGAGGCUUUUUUGUCGCUGCAGCCAAGAAUGCAAAUGUUGCUCCUGCUGCUGGGAGCCGCCGCCUUCUUGGCCCCUGCGCAGAGCCUUUCGGAAGCCGCCGCGGAGCCUCCGUCGGCGGCCACCGUCAGCGCGGAACUCAGCCUGGUGUGGGGGCCCGGCCUGCGAGGCGAGCAAACCUUGCCCGUCAGGUACUUCUACAUCCAGGCGGUCAGCAGCGACGGACGCAACCUCACGCGCUCCCCGCCCCCAGGAAGUACACAAUUUAAAGUGACAAUCAAGGCCAUCUCCCCAAAAGAAAUCAUCCAGGUUCAAGUUCCUAAGCUUUUGGACAGGAAUGAUGGCUCUUUUCUCAUGCGAUACCGGAUGUACGGCAGUGUCAUGGGAGGGAUAAAGGUGGAGAUUCUUUAUGGUGAUGCCCAUGUAGCUCAAUCUCCCUAUAUCUUGAAGGGUCCAGUGUAUCAUGAAUAUUGUGAAUGUCCAGAAGAAGAUGCUCAGCUUUGGGAGAAAACAUUUUCAUGCCCAUCAGAGGAAACUCAGAUUACAGAAGACUUCAUUGCAUUUCCCAGCAUCAACCUUCAGCGGAUGUUUCAUGAGGUUCCAUCAAGGUUUGGCCAGAAGAUGGGAGCCAUUGUUCAUUACACCAUCCUGAAUAAUCACAUUUAUCGUCGGUCCUUGGGGAAGUACACGGACUUCAAAAUGUUUUCAGAUGAAAUGUUGCUAUCCUUGGCAAGGAAGGUUCGUCUCCCCGAUAUAGAGUUUUAUCUGAAUGUUGGGGACUGGCCAGUUGAGCAUCGGAAGGCAAAUGACACCCCCGGACCUCUACCUAUCAUUUCAUGGUGUGGCUCUCUGGAUACAGCAGACAUCGUGCUUCCAACCUAUGAGGUCACUCACUCAACCUUUGAAACGUUGCGUGGGGUCACAAACGACCUCCUGUCAAUUCAGGGAAACACAGGACCUGUGUGGGAGAACAAAACUGAGCAAGGAUUUUUCAGAGGUCGAGACAGUCGGGAAGAACGUCUUCAAUUGGUGCAGCUCUCUAAGGAAAACCCAGAAUUGUUGGAUGCUGGAAUAACAAAUUACUUCUUCUUCAGAGAAAAGGAGAAAGAACUGGGAAAGGCUCCAUUGAUGGGGUUUUUUGAUUUUUUUAAGUACAAAUACCAAGUGAAUGUUGAUGGCACUGUUGCAGCCUACAGGUUCCCAUACCUCUUACUGGGUGACAGUCUUGUGCUGAAGCAGGACUCUCAAUACUAUGAGCACUUCUAUACGGAGCUGGCACCAUGGAGCCACUAUGUUCCAGUUAAAAGAAACUUAGAGGACUUGCUCAAAAAAAUUAAAUGGUCCAAGGAAAACGAUGAAGAAGUGAGAAAAAUUGCUAAGGAAGGGCAAAGAACUGCAAGAGAAUUAUUACAGCCUCAUCGGUUUUACUGCUAUUAUUUCAAAGUAUUUCAGAAAUACGCUGAACGCCAAGCCAGUAAACCUGAAAUACGGGAUGGAAUGGAAUUUGUACCUCAGCCUGAUGACAGGACUUCAAUCUGUGACUGCCACAGGAAAAAGCCUUCAAGGGAAGAGCUUUAAGUAAACUGUGCCAAAUGGUAUCAAAUUGUAGCUUGUUGCAAGACUUUUAAUAACAUUUAAAGCUGUGAAAUCUGGCAUGGAGAUAUAUUUACAAUGCAAUUCUAUGCAUGCCUGCCGAGAAAAAGUAAGCCCUAUUGAGUUUAGCAUGACCUACUCCCUGGCAAGUAUGUAGAGGACUGCAGGUUUACACAUUGUUUUUCUCUGUUUCUUUCAUGUUGUGCCUUAUUAAAAUCUGACCUAAGUAUUUAUGGCAGCAUGAAAACCUCUCAGAAACUUGAUCAGGCAGUGCCUUCCUGAGUUUUUUUCUGCACAUCAGUUAUAUGCAGUGUUUAUGUGGACAUGGCACAUUGUAAUACUCCUUCCCAGUUACCUUGUUCAAGGGUUCAGUGCACUUCAUGCAAUUUAACUUGAUUCUCAGAGCCAUCAUCUAAAACAGAUCAGUUAAAUUCACUACAUCAGUGUUUCUAAACAUUGAUUCCCCAGUUGUUGGGUUCUAACUCCCCCAUUCAGCGUGACCAAUGGUUAGGAAUGAUGGGAAUUAUAGUCCACCCACUUCUCAGGACCCAUUUGAGGAAUCACUAACAUCACUAUAUAGGGGGAGGUUGGAGUUAGGAUUCACAGCAGGUUCUCAAGAUCAUUCUAAUUAGCUUAUAGCUAAAGUGAAUCUCAGUCAGGGGCUUUUCAACUCAUACUCAGAUGUUACAGCAGGGAUAGAAAAUUUCUCUCUAGCCAGGCUGUGCAGUCCAGCCUCCAGGUAUUCUUCUGUGGGAAGAGGGUUGGAGGACUUCCUCUGUCCCUGAGGGCAUCUCUGCUGUUAUCUAAAGUCUUGUAAAUACUUCUGAGAAUGUAUUUAAAGCCUUUAUGCACUCUAAAGUGAAGUUAAGUAAACAACAGGUACAAAUACAAAUGCCCUGUUAUAUAAGUAUCUCUCUAGUUUAAACAUCUUGUUAAAAUCUAGCAUGUCAGGAAGAUUGCAGGGCUAAAACCUUGCAUGCUGCGAGUCUUAGGUUCAGUUUCCAGUUAUAUGAUCUCACUCAGCUGAACUUAAGAAAACUUGUACUGGAUCUAGAAAGCUACUGGAUGCUUUUGAGUGUCACCAAUACUGAGUUGAUCAGUUAUUGAUUUGAUAUAAGACAUCUAGCUCCCUGUUUGAAAAAUACAAAAAGAAUACCUGUGCCAUCUCUCCAUGGAAAUCUUUCUUUAAAAAUUAGACAUGGUGUUUUAGUCCUUGCAGACUAAUGAAAUUUGUGAACCCCAUAAAUGGUCUGGUAAUUAAGUGAAAUCAUAGGCUUACUAAGCAAAUAGGAUACAUGUCUAAAUCUGUCUGUGGGUUCAUUGCUAUUAUUAUGAAUACAAGUUGUAUCUUGAUUUCAAAACGCACAUCUACGAAAAAGUUGCCUAACAGGAUCUUUAAAUUAGGUUAUUGUGCAAAGCACUAGAACACAUUUUGAGGUUGCUGUGUAACUAGACUUUUUUCCAUUAACAGGAAAUGAAAGCUCACAAAUCUGCCAACGCUUCAGUCAUGGAACUGAAUACCAACAUCAGUAAAGUUAACGUUUGUUUACAGGAGCUAAGUAUUUUUCAACUAUUUGAGAUUCUUUGUAGAAAUACCAUUUUGCUCAUUCAUAGAACAAAACAACAGACACCUAAAAUCAACCCAGACAGGGACUGAUGAUUAAUUGUGUUGGCAAACAUUGUGUUAGCUUUUCCAGGUGUUCAGAAACCAAAUAAGGUAAAAAUCAGGUCAGAGUGCAAUCUUUUAUUCAUUUAUCUGGGAGUAUUUCCCACUGAACUCAAUGGGGCUGGGUACAUCUGCACAGCAGUUUUUUCUAGUGUAAACUUUUUCAAGUUUACUGACCCAAAUUUAAAAAAAAAACCUGAGUUGCCAUAUAGAGUACAAGAAUCUAUCAUGGAACAUAUACGAAGGGGGACCAAUCCCCUCCAGGAAUUUAUUCAUAAAAAUUCAUGCUUUUGUUUUUACAUGUUCAAACUUCAGUCACCUUCAACCUACUCUCCAUUUGAUGCAAUGCACCUACUGAGACAUUUUUCCAGUGCUCAAAACUGGUUUUGAACACGUUGAUUUUGAUGCCUUAGUGCUUCUGCCGUUUUUUGUUUCCCUUCUUCCACAUUGGCAAAUGAUUCCCUUUGAGGCAAACAUAUAAAAAGAGUCUCAAAAAAACCCCCUCACAGAAGUCAAAUGCAGCCUCCCAUAACAAUCCAGCUGGGUACACUGAUGUAGAUGGGUUCCCAGAACAUUCACCUAGUGGGGAAGCCUGUACCACAAGGGGCCCACCCUCCAGAAGAUAGUUUCUGGUUUUUUGGGGUCCCCCCUCGUGUCAUGAUGUUUUCCACUUAUAUAAUGGAGAAUAUAUCAUGGGACUGAUCAAGGUCCAAGAGGGUAUUCAAGAUGACUCCUGAAAGGGCAAUUUUUGUUGUUGCACACUAAGUUCAUAUUUGUAAGCAGAUGUCCCUUUUUAUAAAUACAGAUUGACUCUGAAGCAGUGCCAGUUUGGGGGCAUAUAUACUACCAUAGAUAUCAUUUAGAUUUUUUUUAUUAAAUUAGGAGGCUUCUUUAUUUUGAAAAGAUUUUAAUAUUUAAAGUAGUGGAUAUACAGUGGAGUACUUGACUAGGGUUUCAGUUGAGAAUUAAUUGCAACCACAACCCAUCCCGAAUUAAUUGUAUAUUUGGCAGGACUUGAUGCCCCUCCAACUCUAUUAUUCAGUGAUUCUGAAUAAUAUAACAUAUGCUUGAGGGGAACCUCCACUGAGGUACAUGCAAAGUGCAUGCAUUGACUUGCCUGUUCCAUUGAUUCCAAGCUCAACAAUAAAAUUUACUCUACUUUGCAUGGUAUUUAUUUAAUCAAUUUCUUAGCAGACUUUCAAAACCAUGGUCUCCCCAAAGCAGCCUACUCUUUAAAACAUUAGAAAUAUGUUGAUAAAAUGGUAAAUAUAUAUUUUAAUAAAACCACUUUCAAUAAAAUACAUUUUUAAAAUAUCAAUCAGGAGCAUGGCUAAAGGUUUUUAAUUAAAUGUCAGGGAGAACCAAUGAGUAUUUAGCAGCCACUCACAGAGCCAUUCAUAGAGGGAUUUUAUAGAGUAGGCUUACUUCUAAGAAGACUGUUUCUAGUGUCCACCAGCCUUACUGAUCUUAGUGGUAGACCAGGAAGUGGAGCCUACAAAGAUUAACUUAAAGCAUGGGCAGGUACAUACGGGUGUAGGCAGUCCUUCAGUAUCUUGCACUCCAAUCAUGUGGGGCUUUAUAGAUGAAAGGCAGCCCUUUGAAUUAGAUCUAGAAACACGGACAACCAUGGUAGUUGGUGAAAUACCAGCUAACUAUCUAGCCCCAACAACAACUGAAGAAGUUUUUCUUUAGCAGCUGAUUUGGCUGAGUCAUCUUCAAAGAGAGUUCAUACAUUUUACUCUAGUGUAGUCUGGAUAUAGCUGGUAUAACUGGUGUGGUCCACAUUCCCUAGAUAGGGUUGCAGCUGACCUUGGUAACUGCUGCUUGCCACCCAACGUUUCUUAGUCAGCUACUAGUUCAGAAAGGCACCUAAUUCAUGAACUUGGUUCUUAAAGGGGAAUGCAACACCAUUCAGUAAUACUCAAAUACCUACAUUCAGAUCAGCAGAAUUUUCUACCCAAAGUAUGUCUUUCCUGGAUGAAGCUUCAAUGGAAGCUAUAUUCAGGGGGGCCUGCUUCCAUGCAAGUGUGCAUAAGAUUGCAUUCUAAACUUCAUCCACAGAAAUCAGUGGGAAUUAAAAGUUCAAACUUUCUCUGAAUAAUAUACUUGGUGGCUUCACACAUAACAAGCAACAGUGGAAACUGCAGAGGGGCAUGGCUUGUCAUUACUGCUGAACCCAGCAAGCAUGGUGAGGCAUGGUAUGUCUGGUCUUGGUGGAACCACAUUGAGAAACAGCUUGUUGUAUGGUUUCUGUUUUACCAUGCCUUGUUUCCACAUCUGAACCCAGAAACUAUGAUUCCACGUGGUUUCUCCAUUUCAGCCAUAGAGUUUCGUGCAGAGUGGCUGUGGCUCCUGUAGCUGCUCAUGUCUGCACUCAUCUUAUCUAGGUCUACCUAGCAACUGCUGACUUGCAACCAGCAAUGCUCUGAUUAGUUGUUCUGCCCUCCUUUGUUUCCCUUUUUCAUGUGUUGCUCUCAAAUACCCACCUGUAGCUUUUGAAUCUUGGCAGCAGUGGUGUUUCAUGUUGUGCUACCUCCAGCAGCAGUAACCUUGGGGUUGACAUGCCCUGGGAAGUUGCUUAGGUGGCAUCCUCCGCUUCACACUUACCUUGUCCCUGACACUCCUUGGGAGUGUCAACAAGCCUUGCUGUCCCCUAUCCCCUCCAACUCUCACACACAAACACAGUUGCAGGAGAGACACAUUCCCAAGAGCUAGCCGGUAAACUUUCCCAGGCAGAUGUCCACAUGUGCGCUCUUGGAAAAGUUUUCCUGUCGGGACAUGCUGCCUCCAUCCCUGGCAUAGGUGCCUGUGCAGAGGCCCUCCAUCUGGCUGUCUGCAGAGGGGAUGUAACCCAUGGCGGUGAGUACAAGUCCUGUGCUUGGAGGAGUAUGGGCACAUGUGCAGCAAAGGAGCAGCAGAGGUGGAUGUGUUUGUACACUGGUACAGAGCAAGGUAGCAAUGGGGAGUGCUACUCUCAUGCCACCCUACAGCAGCAGUGAUACUCUAGUGGGUAAGCAGUUGAUUGGCUGAGCAAUAGAAAAAACAAAGGCAGCAGCCAAGAGGAGAAUGUGGGCCAAUGAGAAGGAGGCAGGCAGGAGCAGUCUGUAUGGUAAGUGUGGGGGCUUGUGGAUUCCAAUGACCAUUAGGAGGAAAGCUGGAGAUGGGUGGAAACCACUCAUGCAGGGAAACUGCACUUCUUUGAACCCUGGCCCCAAGGUAAGAUACGCUAUGCAGAUACUGCAUGGCAUACUUUAGCAUUAUUUGUGAAUUCACCCACUUUUUUUUUUUUUUUACUGAUGUAAUUCGGCAGUGGCCAAAUGUAUUGUAGGAGCAAUAAUCUAACUUCAAUAAAAUAGGUUUUUAAAAGCAAAGUGAGCUCAUCUCAAAGAAUUGUGCUGUUUCUCUUGUUAAUUCUGUAGGCUUGCAAGUCAAACAAUUAUUUACAGUAGUAGUUUAUAUUCUUACAUGUUUAUCAUGUUCAGUCCUUUUAUGACUGAUUCAGAGAUUACUGAUUACAUAUUGCAUAAAAAAAAUCUUAAUCUACCAUUCUCACCUUUGCUGUUUACCUGAUUUAUGCUUUUUUUUUCUCAUUUAAAGUUUAAUACCUUUGAAAUAGGUUAUUGAAAAAAUGAUUUUCAAUCUACUGUUUUUCCUUUAUUAGGGCAGUAUAAAGCAAAAUAGAAAGCAACAGAGACCUUCCUACAGACUUAGAAUCUAGAACAGGCCUGCACAGUUUAUGACUCACCAAGGCAAACACAGCACUCCAAUCAUACAUUUAGAUGGUUUGAUGUGAUUUUGAACAGGAAAAUGGUGGAGGAAUGGUUAGGAAUACUCUCCAUCCCAUGCUCCCAAGUGAGUUUGGGUUUCAGGGACUGUCAUCCAUUAUAUUAAAAUGAGAGAAUCUAUGAGAAUCUUCUCAUAGCAGGAGCUUUCCUAGUGACUCAGGAAUAGAACACUUAGGAUACCUGGAGCUAUUUGUUCCAGCCAAAUUAGAAUAUUUCUCAGCUGCUGCUGCUGCUGAAUUUAUACUUAAGCUUUGCCUGAAUGUCAUACUCUAUUGCCAACUGCGAACAUAGUUAUGGGUUUUACGCAUUUCAGCCAUCAUGAUUCAGUGUGAGAAUGCUAUUCUGUGAUUUGCAUGAUUUUGUUUCUCAGCUGCUGAGAACAGUUUGACUGUCUUCUAGUUAUUUGGGAAACAUGCAACUUCUGCUGCUAUCAAAACUGUGCUGAGUUGGAGAGAUGUUUCAUUGCUAAGGGCUGAAUCUAGAAUCAAAUGGUUCUUCAAAGUAGCUUUAUCUCAGCUUGGCUCAUGUCUCAGUAACUACUCCAUAUUCAAGAGACUCCUUUUGUGGUUGCCUGUGAUUUAUUGUUCACUAGAGAAAAAUAGCAGCUUUCCCCUACAAUUAAUUACAUUCACACCAUACAUCAAAACUGUAUCUCUUAUUCAAAUUAGGCUGCCUAGGAUAUGUAAAAUAUCUGCUGUAAAGUAUAAGGAUAACAUUUUUUCUGUGUUAAUGUUAUGAGGAAUAUAUU